CCAUAGAAGAUCUCUAUCAAAGUAGUAAAGCUGUGGGUUGCAACACAGCCAUAAUUCGAGCGCGCGCGGACACUAAUUUUUAUUUUGAGCUGAAUGUUGGGUAGUUACCCGUAUUUCAGAAAUCAUAGAACUAUAUCUUGUUGUAAUUUUUUUUCAAAUCAUAUUUUUCGAUUAUGCGCGUUUUUGCUCUAUCUUCGAACGAAGCGUAUUUCGUUCAUAAAAUGGCGUCCAUCAUGAAUUUAGUUUUCUGAAGGCGACGCUCCAUCGGACAAUAAAUGCCCAGAAAAAAUGUUAUCAGUUCUAACGUUAUCAGUUCGAUAUGCUGUUACGCUCGUGUAUAGCGAGGGCGGUGUGUUGUGUAGUUGCGUGAAAGUAUAAACCCCGGACGGAAUAUUUGUUAUAAUUGAUGAUACCCUAGUCGCGCGAAAAACGAUAAGUGCAGUGGAACUUUAAGAUAACGCAUAUCGCGUUGAUUUCGACCAAUCGUGUCAGAUUUAAUUAGCAAGAAGAGCAGGAACGAUUCGAACUGAUAAGAGGACCGCUGCGUUGCAAUAGUCAAAAUGUGUGCGGCUCAAACGAAUCCGCCGGCAAGCUUCAACUACACUUGGGGCUUUGCCGAUAAUUCACGCACCGAGUCUGUUGUCGAGAUUAGUCCCAACAUUAAUUACACGGUUAGCGAUGCUACGAUGCCAUACUUGCAGUUACCAGACGGUGCUAGCAUUAUAGUCCAGAAGGAUGCCAAGGGAACGAUCACGCAUGCCACCAACAAGGGUGCGGUGCGGCGAAUGAUCGUGGUCAACGAUCCGUCCGCGUUGCAGCAAGGCACAGCACAACGUAUUAUUACCACAAGUGGUACGACGGCUACCGUUACCACGGGUCAUCCAGCAGUGAAGAAACAUGAAGUUAUAAAUCAAUCUAAUUCUGCCCUAGCGAACGGAAUCAUUGAUUCUAAGACAAAAAUUCUAACCACGGGCUCAGCGGGUGGUGCCACCGCUUUCAUGUCCCCCCUGGGACCGAUUCAACUGACGGCCGAAGAAUGUAAUGAUAUUCUAAUGAAACGAGCGGCAGCUGCAGUGGCCGCCAAUAAUCAACAUGCCAUAACCACCAACACAGAAGGCCAUCAUGCAGCAAUUGCUGUCCAGGUGCAAAAGGUCAUUCAAGGGCUUGAAGAAGGAGAAGACUCACAAGCCACAACGUCAACACAUCAGCUGAAAAUCGAACCAACGCUGACCAUUUCACCCAAGCUAGAAGCGGUUGAAAUCGAUUACAAUGAAUAUGUUCAGCAAGAGUCCGAUACUCCCACGCCAAACGUAGUACCGAAGGAGCGGCCUUACUCUUGUGACCAGUGUGGCAAAUCCUUUCUACUGAAACAUCAUCUUACAACACACGCCCGCGUUCACACCGGCGAACGACCGCACGUUUGCGUUCACUGUGGUAAAGAUUUUGCCCACAAACACUGUUUAAAUACCCAUCUACUGCUUCAUUCGACGGAUCGUCCCUACCAGUGUCAAGAAUGCAAAAAGAGUUUUACGUUGAAGCACCACUUGCUGACCCAUUCGCGCGUACAUAGCCGCGAACGCCCAUUCGUGUGCCAGGAGUGUGGUCGAUCAUUUCCGUUAAAACGACAUCUGGUAACCCACAGUAAGUUCCACGCCGGCGAACGGCCCUACGUCUGCGAGGACUGUGGUGAGAGUUUUGCUCAAAAGGAGCAUCUGGUUAUGCAUUCGCGUUUUCAUGGAUCGGUAAAUCCGUUCGUGUGCCCCGACUGUGGAGCAACUUUUCCACGUAAAUUUCAGUUGGUAAAUCAUGGAAAACUCCACGGCCGCAUCCCACAUUCUUGCACUCUUUGCGGAAAAGAAUUCCUACAAAAACGAACACUCGCUGCUCAUAUGAGGAUUCACACCGGCGAUCAACCAUUCCCUUGUAUUGCCUGUGGGGAAGGUUUUAGAACCAAAUCUGAACUGAACGCUCACAACCGAUUAACCCAUGGCGGCGUAAACCCGAACUCGUCCAAUACCACAAUUAUAACUACCAACACGGUGGUUACGACAAACGCCCAGCAGCAAGCCCAGGCUCAAGCCCAAGCUCAAGCUCAGGCCCAAGCACAAGCCCAAGCUCAAGCGCAGGCUCAAGCACAGGCCCAAGCUCAGGCCCAAGCUCAGGCUCAAGCGCAGCAGCAAGCUCAGCAACAGCAGCAGCAACAACACAUCGAAGUACAACAAAUUCAACACCAUCAAGGACAGCAGACUGUGCAAGAUGUUAAUACCGGCAAUAUAAUUACCACCAUCUCCACUGGCCAGAGCUCCCCAGAAGCCUCUCCAAGACCGCAAUACGCCUGCCGCGAGUGUGGCAGUGCUUUCAAUAGCCGAGAAGCACUUGCGCUGCAUUUACGCCUCCAUACUGGUGAUAAGAGCUUGAUGACGGAUCUGUGUGCAUUAACCGCUGCUCUUCCCGGUCAUCUGUUUCCAGUCAAUCAAGAAUAUUCACUAAUAGGAGGUGGCACAACCGUUGUAACCACAAAUCCUGUAAUGCAAUCGUCUCCCGUUCCAGUACAAAUUAUCACCUCCUCUGGUCAGGUGGUACAGCAAACAUUACAGCCGCAAAGUCCCCCUCAUCAGCAGGCUCAAGUUCAGCAGCAUCAGCAGCCGCAACAACAGCAAGUCCAAACCCACAAUACGCACCAGCAACAGGUUCAGGUGGUUCAGCAACCACAGCAGGUCCAGCAGCAGCAAAUACAGCACCCGCAAACGGUGGUAUUAGCACAGGCCAAACCAAAAUCACACUACUGCGGUCACUGUGGCAAAGGGUUCGCAGCUAAGCAUGGCCUUCUGCUACAUAACCGCCGUCAUCCUAACGGUGGUUGUACUGUAAGGACUCACGUGUGCGAAUGCGGAAAAGCAUUCUUCCAGAAGAAUCAUCUAAUGCUACAUCAGCGACAGCAUCUGGAGCAAAAUCAACGCGGUGGCGGUCAAAGUCAAGCGCAGGCGCAGCAGGGUCAGCCACAGCAACAGCUGGUAGUGAUUCAACAAACUAAUCAGGAGGCACUUGUUCAGCAGCAGCAGCAGCAACAAGCGGCUGCCCAGCAACAAGCUCAACAACAACAACAGCAGGCAGCAGCACAACAACAACAGCAGGCACAGCAGCAACACCAGCUACAGCAACAACAGCAAGCCCAGCAGCAGGCACAAAAUCAAGCCCAAAAUAAUCAGCAGCACGCAAUGCGCAACCUGGUUAUCGCUAACCAGCCUGUGCAGGUACAAUAUGUGCAGGUUCUAGAAAGCAACACGGCUCAAGUGAUUAAAUAUGAGAUCAUUCACGACUCUUCGAGGCAGUCAAACGUCGAGUGAGAAGAGGCCAUGCUCCGUAUAACCAAACCGGAUGGUACGGAGGAAAUGAAGAAAGUAUUCAUAUUGAAAAAUGAAGUGGGAUGAAAUUUGCUAAAUACCGCUGGAAACACGACUACAGCUGCUGUCGCUACCGAUAAUGUCUGCAGUUCGGUUUCCUCACUUAUCGAAGCUACAUCAGUGGCAACAGCAACUGGGCAGACGACGUCGGCGAUGACUAUUACACCCACUGUUACUAACACGGCUGGUGGUGGUUUCAUUAUCCAUCAUCCAACAGGAACUAUUAUGGCAUCAGCACACCCACAAGCACAUAUGGCUAGUGGAAGCAGUCAAUCGCAACAACAGCACCAUCCCUCGCAACUCCAGCCGCAGCAUCCAAUUACGGAAACUGACGAUAAAAGCGGUAUUAUUGUAAAUAUAGAUCAUCACCAACAACAGCAGCACCAUUCUCAACACCACCACCAGCAACAUUCACAGCAGAUUGUCAUGGGAGAAAUAAUGGAUUACAAGGAUGCAUCUUUAAUCAAUUCUAGUGGAGGUCCCGCUAAUAGCGAUAAUCACCACAACUAUGCGGCCGCCAACGCAAUCGUUGUUAGCAGCGAAAGUGGUGAUUAUCAGCAUAUUUAUCAACAGCAACAAAGAAUAGUUGCACAUCAACAACCCACGGUGCCUGGUGGAGCCGGGGAAUAUCACCCAGCACGACAGGCGGAGUUAACUGCUAUGAUUAAAAAUGAAGCCUUGUAAUUUUAGUAAGCGUCUAACCUAUUCGUAGGUUUUCUUCAAGAACUGCAAAUUAGCCAAACACCACAGGAAUAAUCAAGUAAAACACCCUUCGAAUGUGUUUAUUUCAUAAUCAAGGAUUUUAUUUCCCCUGUAAACUUUUUUUCUACCGGAAACAAGUUAGAGUCUGGAAACGUAACUCUCAAUAACACUGAAAAAUUAGUUUUAAACGCAAAUUGUAUGUACAAUAAUGCUUCUGUACAAAGCAAUACAGCAUUGGUUUAAUUAUGAGUUUUCUCCCUGCUAGAAUCUAUACGGUUGAAGCGUGUGAGACACUACAGUUGAUACAUUAUAAGCCAGUGAGUAACAGGAGAAAACAAUGUUUGAUUGCAAGAAUUAGAUAACACCUUGCGUUACUUAUAGACACAAGAAAGUUUUAAGAAAGUGUUGCAGGUUUUUUGCCUAGUUCUAUCCUUUGUAAAUACUACUAUAUACCUACAAUGACUAAUUCUUAACCAUAGUACACUUGAAUCAAACAGAAAAAAUCGAAAAUAGUAGUACUUGUUGAAUGUAUUUUUUAUCGUAGCGUUUAUACUAUAAGCAGGCAACAAAAUCAAUAAGCUCUUUAUGAUGUUGGUGAUAAAAAAAAUUACGAUCAAUAAAACGAAAUUUAACAUAAUGAAGCAUAUAAUUGUACAUAAUUAAACGUUCGCUUGUGGUAUCCACGUAUACAUACAAACAAAUUUCAAAUGCGGCCAUAUGAUUUUCAGUUAUUUGUUUUAAUAUUUCACACCACUCGAAAACAUUUCUAUAUAUCCGAAGAACGUUGCUUGAAAUGAAACAUGAAAAACGUAAUAUCGAAUCACUAUUCUGUUCUGAAUUAUAGCUAGGUAAUGCUAUUUUCCAUGCUGGUUGAAUGUGAGAUCGCAAGUUGCUAACGACAGCACCGGUUUGAAUAGGUACAGUUUUACUAUUUAAGUUUUUCUACAAAUAAUCAUGAACCCAACGGCUUAUGAAGCUUGAAAGGUUAGGGAAGAACAAAAAACAUCUAUUUUAACAUAAAAGGAAGCAUCGAAUAUUGAUGUAUCAAGCAGUGUGUAAAUUCAUAGAAGAACACCAUCAGUUGCAACACUGGGGUCGAAAAAGUAUGUACAUUUAAAAGAAAAAUAUUGAUUUACGUAAAAGUAAAAAGAGUAGAUUUGUGGAUAAUACAUAUUUUAAUAUUGAA